AUGAAGCUCAAGCACCCCAGGCGAACGAGCACCAACAUCGAGGGAGGCUGGCCCCGUCCGCCCCUUAAUUACUGCAUCCUCAUCACCCUUGCCCCGUGCAAUAGUGCAAGUGGCAGUCUGGCCGUACAGCAGAUCUACCAGUUCACAUGGCAGCACUUCCCGUUUUUUCAAACAGCCCCAGAGGGCUGGAAAAACACGAUCCGACACAACCUGUGCUUCAGCAGCUGCUUUGAGAAAACCACCAGCUUCGUGUGCCACAAGGGAAACCGCAAGUCCUGCCUGCGGAAACUGACUCCAGAAGGACGCAGAAAGUUUCAGGAGGAAGCACAGGCCCUGCCCAAAGAGGCUCUUGUGCGCCAAAGCAUGAGCAAACCGG